AUGUCUCCCUCAGCCGUGCCGCCAACCCCCUCCGUAACCCCCACCACGGCCGCCCAAACCCCCACCAAACACGUGACCCAACCCAGCACCUCCCACCAACAAAUCCCCGCCUGGGUCCAACCCGACCUUACCCGCCUCCUCCGCGUAGAACACAACCCCGGCUCCUUCACCAGCCGCUCCAUCUCCCUCGUCACGCUCCCCCCCGGCGCCCUCUUCGCGCGCAUCACGAACCCCACCCCCGCCAGCGUCGCCUAUUCCUCCGUGCAAGCCUCGCGCGACCUACACAUCGAGCUCAACUGCGACUUGCUCUACAUAAACCACAGCUGCAAGCCCAGUCUCGUGUUCGACAUGCAAAAGUGGGAGGUGCGGGUUAGCGAGCGUGGCGAGGGGCUCAGGGAGGGCGACGAGCUGACGUUUUUUUACCCGAGCACCGAGUGGAGUAUGGCGCAGCCGUUUGAGUGUUUGUGCAAGGAGGAGGCGUGUAAGGGGGUUAUCAAGGGGGCGAGGGAUAUGGACGAGGGGGCGCUGAGGGAGUAUUGGUUGAAUAAGCAUGUGGAGGAAAUGUUGGAGGAGAGGAGGGCGGGGAUGUGAUUGGAGGUUGGAGUGUUUUUUUUUGGUGUGCUUGAAGAAGCCCUUUUUUGAUUGUUAGAUCAAGGGGUUUCGUUUGAUUGUUGUAGUAGGCUGCGACUAUGCGGAUAGAUUUACGAUUAAGAUGG